UAUACGAAAAAGUAAAUCAUAAUUCUUAAUUGAUAUCAUUGUUGCGUUAAUCUUUAAUCACGCGAUAAGAAAUUAUCGAUCCGAUGCGUGAGUACUUGACGAUCAAUUGAUAUAUUUUCAUCAUUUUUAUCAUUUUCUGGAAUCCCUCAAGUUUAGGAUAACUUCCGUACUUUCCAACUUCAACGUUAUUGUACUCAUUGUAUUGAUACACUUAUUACUUGUCGAUAUAAUUAAUCUUGAGAAAUCUGAACUGAUUUCAAAGAGGAUUAAUUAGAUUAAUAUCCCACCACAAUGACUAGUUGAAAAACGUGUAUAUAUAUUGAGGUAAAUGCUGACAAUCAUCAAUAAUCCUAUCACCAUGCAGGCCUUCACUACCUUGUUAGUUGUUCUUUUGGCAACCGCCGUUUAUGGCGGUCCAACUGGUCGUGUCGUCGGCGGUACUGAUGCACCAGAAGGAAAAUAUCCAUACCAAGUAUCAUUGAGAGCUCCCAGUCAUUUUUGUGGUGGUUCAAUCAUCAGUUCACGUUACGUCCUCACUGCUGCUCACUGUCUUGUCUCUAAAACAGCAUCACGAGUUACUGUCCAUGUUGGUAGCGUUUUAUUGAAAGAAGGUGGAAAAGUUUACCAAGCAGACAAAUUGAUUGUCAACAAGAAUUACAAUCCCUACAAACUAGUCAACGAUGUUGCUCUUCUCCAUGUCUCGAAAGAUUUCGUAUUCUCAGCAUUAGUACAACCAGUAAAAUUACCAUCCAAUAAUGCCGUCAAAGCUGGAGACAAUGUUGUUUUGACUGGUUGGGGAAGAAUUUACUUGAAUGGACCUAUUCCUAAUCAUCUUCAACAACUUCAAUUGGCCGUUGAAAGUCAACAAAAAUGCCAGGCAACACAUAGGGGAGUAGUUGACAGCCAUAUCUGUACGUUUACCAAGCGUGGUGAAGGUGCUUGUCAUGGUGAUUCUGGUGGUCCACUUGUUGCCAAUGGUGUCCAAGUUGGUAUUGUAUCUUACGGACACCCAUGUGCUGUAGGAUACCCAGAUGUAUUCACAAGAGUCUAUUCAUUCGUCGAUUGGAUUGCACAGAACGCAGUAUAAACGAAAACUCGAACAAUGUAUUAACUAUCUUUUGUUAUCGAUAAAUAAAAUAACGACUUAUGAUCAUUCAUAAGAAAUCAAAUCCCUUUUUUCGAUUUAAUCUUUUCGUAACGAAACAAUGAAAUAAAUUGACGUUAGUUUACACAAGAAAUAUUGCAUUUGAAUAAACAUUAUACAAAA